AUGGACCCCAAGGAGCGCAAGAAGAUCCAGUUCUCCGUGCCGGCACCCCCCAGCAACCUGGACCCCCGCGCUGUCGAGAUGAUCCGCCGGCGGAGGCCCACGCCGGCCAUGCUCUUCCAGCUGUCCGAACACUCCUCCCCAGAGGAUGAGAACCUGCCCUACCAGCGCUCGUCGGGCGAGGGCUGCCUGCUCAAACCAAAGAGGACCAACCCGUGUGCCUACACCCCGCCCUCGCUCAAAGCGGUGCAGCGCAUCGUGCAGUCCCACCUGGAGAGUGGCAUGGGCGGGGGUGACAGCUCCGACGGGGAGCCCGAUGACGGCUGCGAUCCCGACAGUGCCCUCGAGUCUGCCCCGGGGAGCCAGGGCAGAGCCGAGCGCAGCUACUUCCCCGCCGGGCUCAAGGCGCACAAGCGGAAAGGCGGGCAGAAGGUGUCCUUUGCCGGCGGCAUCGACGAGCGUGAGGAGGACCUGAAAUCGCUGACGGUGUCAGAGAUCCCCGAGGACCCCGAGGGAGCAGAGGGUGAUGAGGAGGAGUCGGGUCAGGAGCAGGACGGUGGCACAGGGGAGCGGCGACACGUCGGCUUCGCCGAGGUGCCCUCGCGUCCCAUCGGCACCGAGCGCCACUCGCCCACCUUCCCGCUGGGCACCAGUUAG